AUGGCCCACACGCUAUAUUUCCCUCUUCUCCUCAUUGCUCUCUGCUCCGUAUCUGAAUGUGUUCAGCGUCAGUAUCACUUUAUAAAUGAGAUGAAGACCUGGACUGAAGCUCAGAGAUACUGCAGAGAGAAAUACACAGAUCUGGCCACUGUUGACAACGUGAACGACACAAAUGAGCUGAUGAAGAGUGUGAAAGAUGUACGUCUCUGGAUUGGUCUGCAGAGGAAAUGGCAGUGGUCUUCAGGUGAUCCUGCACUCUUUCUGAACUGGGCAUUACAACAACCAGAUGGCACAGAUGAUUGUGCUUUUAUGAGAAAUGGAGAGUGGCAUGAUGGGAAAUGUAGUGACACCUGGAUCUUCGUAUGCUACAACAUGAGCAGAGGACUGGUGUUUGUCAAUCAGAUGAUGAACUGGACAGCUGCUCAGAGUUACUGCAGACAGAAUCACACUGAUCUGGUCAGUGUGAGGAACCAGAAUGAGAAUCGACAGCUGGAGAAGUUCAUUACUGACAGAAACUCAUCUGGAUCUGAAGUUUGGAUCGGUCUGUUCAGAGACUCGUGGCAGUGGUCAGAUCAGAGUAACUAUUCAUUCAGUUACUGGAAUACUGGUGAACCAAAUAAUUAUGGAGGUAAUGAAAACUGUACAGUGCUAAAGGAGAACACUCGUGGACACUGGGCAGACAUCUCUUGUGGCCAUCAGUUUCCUUUUGUGUGUCAUGAAGAUCAACUGAUUGUGAUCCAGCAGAAUCUGUCGUGGUCUGAAGCUCUGAGAUACUGCAGACAGAAUCAUGUGGAUCUGGUCUCGGUUCAGUCAGUGGAGAUGCAGCGUCGUGUGAUGAACGUGGUUAAACUGGCGUCUACUGAGGCGGUGUGGUUGGGUUUACGUCACUCCUGUGCUUUGGGCAUCUGGUUCUGGGUGAAUGGAGAGACCGUGUGCUAUCAGAACUGGGCUCCAGGGAACGGCACAUCAGAGGAGGACUGUGAGCCCACAGUGAGAUCUGGAGCAGUUCAGUCUGGGGGAAAUCGGACCUGGAUCAGCCGUCCUGAAACUGAUAAACUCAACUUCAUCUGCAGUAAUUAUUAAAAGUGGAAGACUGGUGUAUGAUUAUAAUCAAUGUUUCAUUUUUCAUACUAUUAUAUUAUAGCGUGAUUAUUUGUAGUGUAUAAUGAAAAACUGUCAUUUCAAGAUUUACUGUAUGUAACAUUUCUUUUAGUCAUUUAAAAAUACAA